CUUGAAUUUCUGCCCAAGCCUCACGCCCCGCGGAUUGCACCCAGAGCCUAGACGUCUGAACAUUCGAGCUACAACGUACUAGCCUCAACCAAUUGCAUUAUCACUAGUCGCAGUAUAUCGAUUAAACGUUUGCCGGGAUUUCGGCGCGCGACAACCCACACCAUUGACUGCUGCAGUUCAUAUCGCAAGUCUUCCGAAUAUCGCGUCUCUCGCAUACCUACCACGCCGGUUCCUAUACACACGCGCACACCUCACAAUGACCUGGUGGCCCUUCUCAAGCUCAGGCGCAGAUGCCUCCACGAAUCAACAGCCACGAACCAUAUCCACCACAGCAUCACCCGUACAAAAACCCAGCGAUGCGCCUACACCAACAAUAGAGAACCCUCCACGCCAGCAACCCGACUCCGCACCCCACGACCCCGACUUCUACGCCGCCCACCCACACCUCGCACCACCCUCCUUCUCCACAAACACGCCCUCGUCCUCUCCUUUGAAACCCCAGACUCCAUCCAACGAUGCCGACACCCCCGAAGAAUACGACCCCACCCUCCCGCGCUCAAUGUCCUGCCGCGCCGCCUUUGACAGCGCCUUCUACUGCUCCUCACUAGGCGGCCACUUCAACGACCUAUAUCGCUACGGUCAAUUACGCAGUUGCUCCGACCACUGGAACGACUUCUGGUUCUGCAUGCGCACCAAGAACAGUUAUAGUGGGCAGGACGUUAAGGAGAGGAUGAUUCAGGAUCGAUAUAGAGAGAAGGAGGAGAAGCUCAAAAGUGGGCCGAAUAGUGAGAAUAUUUGGAGGAAGAGGGGGCCUGGAGAGGAGGUUAGAAACGCGUUUAGUAGGGCGGCGGAGGAUUUGGAGCAGUAGGAAGACGGAAGACAGAUGUACGAUAUAUGAGGCUGUAUGACUUGGGACUGUACAAAAGGAUAGUUUAUAAGAGUAGACCCUGGCGAUGACAUUGAGCGAAUACCCACAGCGCGCCGACGCUCAGUUACCUCGUAUACACCAGGCAUGUGGUUUGACUACGUGAUCAACCUGCGCGAAUUCAGUGAAAACCUCCUGAGCUCCAGAUCCCGUAGCAGAAGCUAGAAGGAAACACAAUGUAAUCUGCAACGGAAUUG